AUGAGCCUCCCGGAUGAGUCUGUUUCGGAGGAGCUUGGUCAUUUCUUCGUUGAUGAUCUGUGUUAUCACCUAGCAAACCUCCAUCUCCCAUCCUCCCUGCGCCGCCCUACCUACACCUCGCUUCUCUCCCCCGCCAACCUUCGCACCUCUCUCUCCUGCUCGCCCCCAAUCCAGAACCCUAGCUUUUCGUCGUUGCAUCCAUCUCCUCUGAUUGCCGCCAUCGAGGCAGCCCAACAGCAGGCUCCGCCCCCGUUCCGCCUGAAUCCACCAGAGGAGAUCGUUGUUGGGCUUGGUGUCGCGAUGAUUGGCCUAGAAAUCAAGGAACUAUUCGAUGAAACGCAUGCAUUAGAUAGAUUCGAACAAGACUGUCGACUCAAAGCUCAAGAAGAAGAUAAACGCAAAUGCUGCACACACAGAGGUGAUACAACGAAAAUAAAUUGAGAGAACCAUCAAAGCUGAGAUUUGGACUGAAUUUUUUCCCGCUAAAGCAUGCAUCCAUUGAUCCAAUGGGUAAGUUUUGGAUUUGAAUUUUAAAAUAUGCGAAAUGUGGAGCCAAUUUGUUGAUCCCUCAUGUCUAUACAUAUAUUUACAUUUCAAACUUCUAAAUUAAAUGAAAUUAUCUUUGAAUUUCACAAUAUAAAUUAUAAUUGUAACAUAAUAAUGGGCCACAACUAAAUAACAUGCUAAUGGAUUGGACUUAGAAGAUCUAUUUUAGUGGGCUUUUCAAACAAUAAAUAACAUCAAGAAUGAACUCAUCAAAGGAUGAAAAGAAAUCACACGGCGCAACAAUUUAAUUGUUGGGAGAAGGUAUAAAGCUUUCUUCGAUGCACAAAGAACAAAUAUUGUGUUUAGACACAUAUGAUCAAAACAGGUAUAAUUCUAAAUUGUACAAAUGAAUAUUGCACAGUACAUACUUUAAUAUGUUGCAUCAUAUUUAAUGCAACAUUACUUCACAGGCUGUGACAACAAAGAAAGGCAUCAGGAUGCAUGCCAUCGAUCACCAAAGGAAAAGUUUUAAUGGCUCAUGGCUAAAUUGUAUUGGUUUGAAGCUCCAC